AUGCGGAUGAAAGAUAGAGCAUCAUCAUGGAUGGUUGUAUGUGUUGUCGCCGUGGUAACGUACCCAGAAACGACAGCAGUGGUGCGACCCGAGUACAGGAAAUGCGUCCCCUGCUUAGCACGAACAACCACGAACAAAACAUACUGCCAAGGAAAGAUUACGAGAGCCUAGAUUACGAUCGCUGUUUUAACAGGCCGUACGGGGUUUAUGUUGACGAACUUAGUCAACGGCAGUCUGCUACAAAGCUCGCCAUUACGAAAUGGGUAGUAACUUUCAUAGUGGGACUUCUGACCGGACUGGUGGCGCUUUUUAUAGACUUUAUCGUGAAGAAAUUGUCAAAAAUGAAAUUUAGCACCGUCGAGGACUCGAUUUUGCAGUGUUCUCAGGACGGAUGUCUCGUUCUACCCUUGUUAUACUUGCUUUUGUUUAACGUGGGUUUUGUUAUAGUGGCGUCGAGUCUCGUGGUUUUAGAGCCAAUAGCUGGCGGUUCAGGUAUUCCAGAGAUCAAAUGUUACCUGAAUGGGGUCAAAGUUCCUCGGGUCGGGCGGCUACUGACCUUAAUCAGUAAAAGCGUCGGAGUUCUCUUCAGCGUAGCUGGUGGGUUGUUUGUUGGAAAGGAAGGACCUAUGAUUCACAGCGGGGCUAUCAUUGGGGCCGGAGUACCACAGUUCCAAAGUAUUGCUUUUAAGAAGGUGAAUCUAAAGAGAUAUAGUUUCUUCCGAACGGACAGAGAUAAACGGGACUUCAUGUCUGGUGGAGCCGCAGCAGGUGUAGCAGCUGCAUUCGGAGCCCCCAUUGGAGGAGUACUCUUCAGUCUGGAGGAAGGAUGUUCUUUCUGGAAUCAGAGUCUAACCUGGAGAACUUUCUUCUGCUCCAUGGCAGCAACUUAUUCACUGAACUUUUUCCUCUCCGGGAUCGACUCUGACAGCUGGGGAUAUUUCUACCUGCCUGGAUUGAUCAAUUUCGGAGUGUUUAAGUGUACGAACGAGAGUGGAAUCGGCUGUCGUCUGUGGGAUGUCACAGACCUGGCCAUCUUCAUUGUGAUGGGGUUUGUAGGAGGUCUGAUGGGAGCAUUGUUCAACGCCAUCAACACCGCCAUCACCAAACAUCGCAUGAAGCACGUUAAAAAGCACAAGCUUUUUAGAAUUUUAGAAGCAGCGCUUGUUGCAGCAGUGACCACCUCGGUGUCAUUUGGAGCUUCCAUGGCCCUCGGAGAAUGCUCGCAGAUACCGCCAAAUCUUCUGAACGGGACUACCAACACUAUUGAGGAUACUGUACGGACAUACUUCUGUCCAGACGGUUACUAUAACGACAUGGCAACACUCUUCUUUAACUCGCAGGAAGAAUCCAUUAAACAAUUGUUUCACCAACCGGAAACGGAUGGUUUCAGCCUCCGUACUUUAGGAUUGUUUCUGCUGUUUUUCUUUAUUUUGGCCUGUUGGACUUAUGGUACUAAUGUUCCCAGCGGUUUAUUUGUUCCCUGUUUACUGUGUGGCGCCGCCUAUGGGCGGUUUGUGGCACGACUUUUGGUUUUAUUGGGAUAUGGAAACCAAGCCAUUCAUUCGGGCACUUUUGCCCUGAUUGGAGCUGCUGCUUUUCUUGGCGGGGUAGUCAGAAUGACAAUUAGUCUGACUGUCAUUCUCAUUGAAUCUACGAACGAGAUUUCGUACGGUUUGCCGCUUAUGCUAGUGCUAAUGGUAGCGAAAUGGUCCGGUGAUCUUUUUAAUGAGGGAUUGUAUGAUAUACAUAUAAAACUCCGAGGAGUUCCGCUUCUAGAAUGGGAGGUUCCGACUGGAAUGGAAAGGUUGAAAGCUGAAGACAUUAUGGAGCGAAAACUUCACUUUCUGUAUCCGAGAACAAGAGUCCAGUCUAUAGUACAGAUCCUCAGGACCACAGCCCAUAAUGCCUUCCCCAUAGUGUCCGUCAUUGAGGACAGUCAGACAGGCAAUUCAUCAGAAGAGGAACCUCAUUCCCCUACGGAGCAAGAAAUUCCUAAAAAUGUCCGCUUACGUAUGGAUGGAUUGAUAUUGAGGUCACAGUUAGUUACACUACUGAAGAAAGGAGCUAUGUUUGAUGAACAUCACACGAGGACAAGCCAAGCGAAACUCAGUUACGAGGAGAUGACGGAAGACUAUCCCCGAUAUCCGGAUAUCUAUGACGUCACGAAAACGCUCAAUCUGAACCAAACAAAACUUGUGGACGUCGUGCCAUACAUGAACCCGUGUCCUUACACCGUGUAUCCAACGACCCCAGUGCCACAGGUUUUCAAUCUAUUCAGAAGUAUGGGGCUCCGACAUCUUCCAAUCGUCAGUCACGAAGGACAGGUACUCGGAAUGAUUACUCGACACAAUCUUACUCACGAAUUCCUAGAAGCACGCCUAGAGGAGCGCCAUGACGAUACAUGUCUGUCUUAAAAUUGUAUUAUCUGCCCCUGUAUGACGAACCUAGAAGUGACUUGAUCAGACCAUAUUAAUACUCUGUAGAAGUGUACGCAGCGAGGGCUUAUCGUAAUGAUGUUGAUAUUGAAUGCAUGGAUACAGCUGCUGUAAUUGACUCCAAUGCAUUAGAAAAGAGCCUGUACUCAUUGCAUCAUUAAGAUAUUUUAAGAAACAAAUAUGUUUACUGUCAGACGAAUUCAAGACGUUGAAGGAGGGCAUCCUGAAUAAAACCAGAAUCCCCCC